AUGGUAUCAGUAAGUGAGACUGCAACGAAAACUCCCGUCAUAGAUGACGGGUCAGUGCAAGAACAGUCUGAGCUUAAUGCCACGUUAAUGCCCAAAAUGGAGGAUAUGGAUUACGACACCUUUCAGCGUACAGUGCAGCUCCAGCGAGAACAGGGCAUGCCGCCCCCACCACGUGCUCUUCUCAAACGCAUCCCAGAGUCCACUGAUGAUUUUUUGCGCAACUUUUUUCAGAGGAAUGGCAUGUACCGGACGAUGGAGAUCUUUGAGAUUGAAUGGUAUGAAAAGUAUGGAUCAAAGCCGUUAAUGGACGCUCCGGUAUUUUCUGACAACUAUCUUGAAACUGCCGCCCUUCAAGACCGCAUCGACGUAUUGGAGCAUCAACUCCGUCAACAUGCUGAAUUAACGGCGAAAACUACAAAACAGUUUUUGCAAGCGAAAAAAGAACGGGACUUUCAUCGUGCUAACCACAAUCGUGUCGUGCAGGAGAAGAACCGAAUUAUGAAACUCCUCCGGCAGGCGCAGCAUCACGCAGAGGAUAUUAGCCCAACACUCAACGAGCUUCGCCAAAAGUGCGAAUCACUCCACAAGGGGAAAACACUUUUGUCAAUAGAGCGAGACAAGCUCGAUGCCAAAGUGACCAGACUAGAGAAGCAGGUGGAAGCCCUGGAGCGGCAACUGCAGCUACAUGAAAAGGGCGAAACCCACACCACUAAAGACACCGCACUCAAGAAAAAAGAAGGAAAAGCAGCAAAAGCGACUAUGGCAAAAAAUGUUGCCAAUAAAGUAGGUGAUCAAGCAGUAAAAGCAGCUGAAGUUAUUACAGAUGGUUUCCGAUGGCCAGCAGACGAGCGGCCGCAGCCGACACGUGGAGAGCCUGCCUACGCACCGCAAACUGAACCGUCUAUGUGGGUGUGCCAGUCCUCUUUCAAGGCGCACUCUAUGCCAGUGACAAAGGUCGCUAUGCACCCAGUAAAACCAGCUGUUGCCAGCUCCAGCGAUGAUGGAACUUGGCGGCUCUCGGCGCUUCCUCAGGGUGAACUCGUCAUGUCUGGUGAAGGCCACAAAAACUGGAUCUCGGCAGUGGCUAUGCAUCCCACCGGCACCAUGGUUGCCACUGCAUCAGGUGAUAAGACUGUGAAACUCUGGGAUUUCGCAACCAACGGCUGCAAGCUAACGCUGAAGGGUCACUGCGAUGGCGUGUGGUGCCUUGACUUUCAGGAGACUGGCGUCCUGCUGGCCAGCGGUGCUCUCGAUCAAACCGCCCGUAUUUGGGACGUCACAACGGGGAAGUGCCGUCAGACACUGCGAGGCCAUGUUGAUGCCGUGAACGCCGUGACUUGGAAGCCGUAUACCAACACGUUAUACACUGGUAGUGGGGACAAAACCGUGUCACUUUGGGAUACCCGCAUGAAUUGUUGUGCACAAACGCUGUAUGGUCAUCGUAAUACCGUCCAGUCUGUAGCGGUGGUAGGUACAGUGGGUGCUCUGGCUUCCUGCGAUGCAGAUGGCGUCGUCACACUCUGGGAUACACGACGUAUGGAACAGCGCCUGACAAUUUCCUGUGGGCCGUACCCAGCCAACCACGUCGCUGCUGAUUGCACUGGCACGUACCUUGCUGUCGCCAGUGAUGAUACCACCAUCAAGAUUAUUGAUGUAGAGAGCUCGACAUUGGCAGAGCUCGCGGGACACGAGGACGGCGUGCAGUGCGUUGUCUUCGAUCCAGCAACCAACAACUUCAUUGUCAGCGGCGGGAGUGAUGGCACAAUACGGUACUGGUGCUGA